AUGUGGCUUGUGGUCUUAGUUCUGAACUUCCUUGCUCCUUUUAUUCAUGCAGACCAUUCUCAUUGCUCUAAAUACCAGGUUUCUUUCAACCAGUCAUGCUAUGAGUUUGUCAAGCUGGAGCGCACCUUCUACAGUGCCCAGACCUGGUGUGAGCGAGGAGGGGGGCACCUGGUAUUUAUUGAUCAACUGGAGACCCAGAACUUCCUAGCUGAACAUUUAUCUCAGGAAAGAAAUUGGUGGAUUGGCCUAACUCGCAGCUUGCAAACUUUUAAUCACUCAACUGAAGGAGCACUGAUGUGGCUGGAUACCUCAAAUGUCAGUUAUAGUUACUGGCACACAGACUUCUCUUCUGCCAUUAGCGGCCAGUGUAGCUACAUCAUGAAAGACAGUGACUACCACUGGGGGAUAACUGGGAACUGCAGCCAGGAGUUUUAUUUCAUCUGUCAGUUUGAGUUUGGCCAUACUAUAGCCUGUGAUAACUACAAUGCCACAGUGCAGUGCGGAUCUGGUGAAGUUGUACAAAUUGGUGAUAGCUUUUAUGGCCGUAAAAACCCUCACUUCUGUACCCAGGAUACCCCAUUGCCGGUUACAGACGACUGUACCUGGACUGAUGUAACAGAACAAGUCGCAGGGCAGUGUCACGGACUACAGGCUUGUCAGGUUGCUACAGGUGUUGCAUUAUUUGGAGAUCCUUGUCCAUCUUCGGGUAGUUACCUGUCUAUUAAUUACAGCUGUAAAGAAGGUUUACAGAUUGACUUACCAGAUUUGUGUGAAGUUUUUGAAAAUGUGACGCUCACUUUGCAUUGGCUGCUGUCUCCCUUUUCUGGAAAUCUCUCUUGUAUAAUAACAACAGGAGACGAACAUUCUAUCGAUCCCUACCAGCCCUUGAAUUUGUCCAGCAGUAUAAUUCACAGCUAUAAAUCUCCCGGGGAAUAUACUGUGUUUGUGGAAUGUUCAACAAGUGAGUGGCAUGUGACUGCUCAAAAAGUCAUCAUUGUGGAGGAACACAGAGGAAGUCUGAGAAUUAUUGGAUGUCAAAGCAUGUACCAGCCCAAGGAUGGGUCUUGUAGCACGUUGUAUGGACAGACCUUAGGCAUUCAAUUAGAAGGUGACAACAUAAACUACUCUGUAUUAUCUGAUAAUAUAACUCUACUGAUGUCAAGGGCAAAGCCUGGAGAUGUCAGUCAUAAUUUGACUAUUAAUGCAACAUCUCAACAAUUAAUUGGUCCAGGAAUUCAUCAACUACAGAUUGUUGCAUACAAUAACCAAUCAACAUCCGGAGUCACUACUAAUAUCACCAUCCAUCUAGUGGAGCCAGUAUCAGGUUUACAAGCUGUCUUAUCUCCCGGUCUGGUGGAACUUGGAAAAGAAUUUCAAAUAAAUGUAUCUGUUUCUCACGGAGCACCUGUGCAGCUGAACUUUGAAGUCAGAGGUUUGGCAACAACUUUCAACUACACAAAAGAGAAUCCAUCCGGAUUACCAACUAUUUACAACAUUCCCAUUGACUCUGAAGGAAUCUUUUCUGUGACUGUUGAAGCUGUAAAUUCUUUCUCUAACAUGAGUGUGACCAUUGGUAAUAUCACUGUGAUGAACAGCAGCACUCAUCAUAAAGUGAACCAAGACAAAAAUGAAAUGAGCAAAAAAAUCAAGACUACUGCUAAAGUAAAUCAGACAAUACAGAUAGAACAUGGGAGACAUGUUAAUCCUUUCACCAACAUCACCUUGCUCUGGCCUGACAGUGGAAGUCAUGAUAUUACCUGGUCAUGUGGAUCUUGUUGGCCUGGUUGGACCCAAUGUGUGCAACAGAACCUAAUCAAUACAAAUUUGACAAAAGUUGAAAUUCCAGCUAAAUGCCUCCCCCCUCCUAACUCUGCCAUUACUGUACAAGCUGAUGUGAGGCUUAGUGACGGGCAUCUGGUGCAAGAUGAGACAUGUAUAUAUGUGACUGCCAAGAAUCAGCUCUAUCCCAAAAUCAGCUGUAAGACAAACUGUAAACAAAGUAACCUGGAUGAGGACUUGGUACUCAGUGCUACGUGUAACAACUGUGAUGGUGUUAAAUACAAAUGGUAUCUCGAUACUAACUUUCCAGUGAAGCCAAUUCAACUUCCAGCAGCCUGCCAGUUCAAAGACUUCAGACAGUCUUCACUGAUGUUGUUACACAGUGACUCUUCACUUCUCAUACUGAAUAACACCUUCCUAAAGAGCCAAUCAGAAACAUUUUUCAAAAUAAAGCUCACAGCCAUGAAUGCAUAUGAAUAUGGAGAGGAUAUUUUUGUUGUGAGCACCUUGCCCCCUCCAGAGAUUCCGAAUUGUAUCAUAACGCCAGAGGAAGGCACAUUACUGACCAGCUUCCAGAUCUCCUGCACCACUCCAUGUUCCCUAUCAAACUCGUGUACCAAGGAUGAAAGGGUCUCUAUCACUUAUUGUUUCUACCCCAAGAUAAAAUCUCAGCUGUAUUGUGGCCCAAACCUAGAGCUGCCCUCGGUUUAUCUUCCCCCAGGAGAUCAAGAAAAUGACUCUGUUUACAAUGUUACAAUUACAGCUACUAACCAGUUUGGAGAUUCAGUCAGCACAACAUUAAAAGUCAAGGUCAAAUAUGAUGAGACCAACACUAACAGUCAAGCCCUGAUGUCUUUUGUGUCUGAGAUGUCUACUAACUUUUCAAUGCUGGACAGGAAUAGUGCCUCACUUGUUCAGCUAUAUAAAUCCAUAUCCUCUAUGUUAAAUCAGGAUGCUACAAUGGACAAUCCCAGACUGCAGCGAAACAUCAAAACAGAGCUCCGCGAGAUGAUGCUGACAUCAGUCUCUGCUGUUAACAUCACAUCCUUAAGCACAGCUCUUGAGAUGUCCGAGAUGCUAAAUGAUAUCACAUUACAGAGCGAUGAGUUAUCUACGGCAGCUCAGGUGGAAGCCAGUAUUGCCCUAAAAGAUAUCAGUAAGUCCUUACUAACAAUGAGCAGUGAUACAAGCCAUACAAGAAGAGAGGCUGCAAACUAUCUUUUCAAUGCUGUCAGUAAUGUGCUGGAAGCCACCACAACAAAUGGAACCCAUCAGAGUGCUGGAAUAGUCAUGGCUCAGAGUUCAGUGGUUGUGCAGUUGCUAAGCACAGUGGACAAUCUACAGAGUGCUUUGCUAAUGGGGAAGCAGCCAGAUAAUGAGCCCACUAUCCUGUCAUCACCCUCAGCUACAAUGUACAUAAACAGGCUGCAAUCUGACCAACAGGAGGGCACAUAUGUGACUAUCAAGGAUUCUAGCACAGCAGCUUUCUCUCUGCCUUCACUCUCCUCUCUUGGCAUUCCCAUUCCAAAUGAGGGCAUCGUGGAUCUGAGGAUGGUGAGCUUUUCAGUGAAUCCUUUCUCAUCAAGUGACACUAUUGACAUCAGUGGAUCUGUAGGAGGACUGAGUCUCACCAGCACUAAUGGAUCUGUCAUACCAGUUAAAGACCUCACAGAACAUAUAGAGAUAAUAUUACCAAGGUCUUCCAUGGCUGAUGAAGAGAAAAAUAUUCUGAGUCUGGGAAAUUUCACAGCUCUCCUUAUAAACGUGACAUCUGCAAAUAUUCCUCUGGUGAUUCAUCUGGAAACCAGUGUUGAGUUACCCUUAGUGCUGUAUUUGGGAUAUGAAUUUCACCCUAAUGAAACAAAUUAUGAUAUCAUGACCCAUCUACCUAAUGAUCUGUCAGGAAAAGGUAAUGUUUAUUCCUGGGUUUUACAUCCAGAGGAGCUGAUUUUUGGCGAGGGAACCUAUUACUUGACAGUGGAAUCCAAUCUAAAAGAAAAUGUCAGUGACAGCAAUAUCUCAAUAGCAGUCACCUGCUUCUCUACACAGUGCGUAUUCUGGGAUGAAAUAAACCAGGACUGGAAUAACACUGGGUGCUAUGUCGGACCCUACACCACUCCAAGCAGCAUUCAGUGUCUCUGCACUCACCUCACCUUCUUUGGCAGCUCCUUCAUAGUGAUGCCAAAUGCAAUUGACGUCAGUAGAACAGUAGAACUCUUUGCUACUUUCGUGGACAAUCCUGUGGUGAUCACUACAGUGGGCUGCAUCGCUGUGCUAUAUGUGCUUGUGCUAAUCUGGGCAAGAAGAAAAGAUAUCCAGGAUAAUGCCAAGGUAAAGAUUAUAACAUUGGAAGACAAUGAUCCAGUAGCGCAGUAUCGGUAUCUUGUCACAAUAUUCACAGGUCACCGCAGAGGGGCAGCAACAACAUCCAAGGUGACCAUUACUCUGUAUGGUUCUGAUGGGGAAAGUGAUCCUCACCAUCUAUAUGACGCUGACGGUGCUGUGUUUGAUAGAGGAGAUACUGAUGUUUUUUUACUCACAACUCUCUUCCCUCUGGGGGAACUGGAGAGUAUACGACUUUGGCAUGACAAUUCUGGAGACAAGCCGUCUUGGUACGUGAAUAGAGUGUUGGUUCAUGACGUGGAACGGGACCAGAAGUGGUACUUCCUUUGUAACUCAUGGUUGUCCAUUGAAGUAGGAGACUGUGUGCUGGAUAAAGUAUUCAGUGUUGCCACAGAGCAGGAGAUGAAGCAAUUCAGCAACCUGUUUUUCAUGAAGACUUCUAAAGGUUUCAGAGAUGGCCAUAUCUGGUACUCAGUUUUCAGUCGUUCUCCUAGAAGUCCAUUCACUCGAGUUCAAAGAGUCUCCUGCUGCUUCUCCUUGUUGCUGUGUACCAUGCUCACUAGCAUCAUGUUCUGGGGCGUUCCCACUGACCCAGCUGAGCAGAAAAUGGAUCUAGGUAAAAUCGAGUUCACUUGGCAGGAGGUAAUGAUUGGAUUUGAAAGCUCCCUCCUUAUGUUCCCCAUCAACCUCCUAAUUGUUCAGAUCUUUAGAAAAGUCCGUCCAAGAAAAGAACAAGAAUCAAAAGAGAAAAAGACAGAAAGUUGUGUGACGAUUUCUACAAAUACAUCUCCUUCUCCACCAGAAAUCUCCAGCUUCUCUCUCACCGCUGAAGCUGUUUUGAAGGAUAUCAGAAGAAUUGCCAAUUCACUGUUUAAAAGCAAGAAAACCCCUGCACUGGACGUAGACUUGGGCAAAACAACAGACAUAAAUAAACUUUUAUCUGUGGUAGAAGACAUCAUCUGCCAGCAAAAUAGAGCUGGGAAUGAGUUAUAUGAAGAUUGUAAAAAGAAAGAAAAAUCUCUCAUUCUCAAUCUGGAUUCUGCGGAUUUUCAAGAGAUGAGGAGCCCAACAACAGAGAAAAGGAUUGAAAGACAUGCUCGCAUUGAUCAUAAUCGUUACCUUUUACUGCAACUCCAGCAUGUGGAAAGAAAACUAGAAUUUCUGGGGCCACAUCAAUUCCAUAAACCUCAGAGUUAUAGUCAGGCGGUCACACAGGUGCAGCGCAUGAAGGGGCACUUGGAAAACCAGCUCUUUGCCUCCAGUUCUUCCAGUGAAGUAUGCUCAUCUACUGCAAGCCUUUCAGCUGACGGGAAGAAGACAAAGCUUAAAGGGUUACCUUGGUGGUUCGUUUUCAUUGGCUGGUUUCUUGUGCUUGCCACCAGUGGUGUAUCUGGAUUCUUCACUAUGUUAUAUGGCUUACACUAUGGCAAGGACAGCUCCAUCAAGUGGCUGAUCUCUAUGGCCAUAUCAUUCUUUGAGAGUCUCUUUAUCACACAACCUUUAAAAGUUCUGGGUUUUGCAGCCUUCUUUGCACUUGUUUUGAAAAAAGUUGAGCCUGAAGAUGAAGAGGAAACAAACUUAAAUGGGAAGCUCUCUGCACCAGGUGACCACAAUCUUUUGUUAGAAUCUCGCAGAGACAGCAAAAUCUACCAACCUCCCCCUCCUUCAGAUAUCAACAAAAUGAAGAAUAAUUACAUCAAGGAGCAAAAAGUGUUUGCCUUAAUCCGGGAAAUAUUGGCCUACCUGGGGUUCUUGUGGAUGCUCCUGCUAGUUGCCUAUGGACAGAGAGAUCCUAAUUCUUAUUACCUCAAUAAACAUCUUGAGAACAGCUUCACGGAUGGACUAGAGAAAGUGUGUAGCUACCAGCAGUUCUUCACAUGGGCUAAUACUACACUGGUCAAUAAUUUAUAUGGAAGCCACCCAGGCUUUGUAACAGAUGGGAACUCGAAGCUUGUUGGCAGCGCACGCUUCCGCCAGGUCAGAGUUAAGAGGGAUUCUUGCUCAGUUGCCCGUGUUAUGCAGGAAGUUAUUCAAGACUGCCGAGCACCAUAUUCUCUAGAUACUGAAGACACAAGUCAUUAUGAUGAACAAUGGAAUAGAUCUGUUGUUACAAACACAACUGAAGCUGACUCUGCAUGGCACUAUCAAAGUCAAGCCAGACUUAGAGGCCAUCCAACCUGGGGAAAACUGGCGACAUACAAGGGAGGAGGCUAUGUGGUGCAUUUAGGAAAUGAUCGUGCAAGCGCAUACAGAGUUCUGCAGAAGCUUUUCAACAAUACCUGGCUUGACAAAUACACCAGAGCUGUCUUUGUAGAGUUCACCAUCUAUAAUGCCAAUGUUAACCUCUUCUGUAUUGUCAGACUGAUGUUUGAGACAAACGCUUUAGGGGCAUUUUACACUCGUGCAAACCUUCAGAGCAUCCGACUCUACCCAUUCACUGAUGGGCUGCACAUAUUUGUUAUUGCAGCGGAAGUUCUUUAUUUCCUUUUAGUUAUUUACUAUAUGGUAGUGCAGGGGAAGAUCAUGAAGACACAGAAAUGGCAAUACUUCAAAAGCAAGUGGAACCUGUUGGAAAUGGCAUUAAUAUUAAUAAGCUGGAGUGCACUCUCAGUUUUUGUGAAAAGGACCAUUCUUGGAACACAGGAUAUCACCUACUACCAGGAACAUAAGAAUGAGUUCGUGAGCUUUAAUGAGACUGCAGCUGCCGACGCAGCCCUUGGGUAUCUGAUCGCCUUCUUGGUAUUAUUAUCAACCAUUAAACUGUGGCAUCUCUUAAGAUUAAACCCAAAGCUGAACAUGAUCACAGCAACUCUACGAAGAGCUUGGGGUGACAUCUCUGGAUUCAUCACCGUCAUUAUGAUUAUGUUCCUUGCUUAUUCCAUUGCUUCAAAUUUGAUUUUUGGCUGGAAGCUGAGUUCAUACAAAACUCUCUUAGAUUCAGCAAAGACCAUGGUCAGCCUUCAGCUGGGGAUCUUCAACUAUGAGGAGGUGCUGGAUUAUAAUCCUGUUCUGGGCUCCUUCCUUGUUGGAUCUUGCAUUAUUUUCAUGACAUUUGUUGUACUGAAUCUCUUCAUCUCUGUUAUCCUGGUGGCGUUCAGUGAAGAACAAAAAAAUCACAAGGCAUCCGAAGAGGAGGAAAUUGUUGACCUCAUGCUAAUGAAAAUCUCCAGCUUUCUGGGGCUACGGCAUAAAAGAGAUGACGCAGCUACUGCUGAAAACAUUCCAAAGGUCCCCCGGGUUUCCAGGGAAACUGAAAACGAAUAACAAUCAUUUCAUGUUUAUAUAACUGUUAUGAGAGGCAUCAAUUAGUUGUAAUAUUUAAAUUAUAAAGUAACGUUCUGGGCCUAACAAAUGCAAUAGUGUUAAUUGUAUAGUUAUGUUGCUAUUUCAUGUGUAAUAAAUUUGCUUACAGAACAGAUAAUAUAUUUAUCUAACAGUAUUGUACUGAUUGUAUUUUGCUUAUUGAAUAAAUAUACAUUGCAAAUGA